AUGGACCCAGACGAGGACUCUCGUCGAGAGGAACAAAAUUGUGAAACAUCAAUGUUUGGAACUUGUUCAGGCGAGAGCGAAGAUAUUGAGAAAGAGACGGCGUUUCCACAUUCAAAGGUUAACAAUGAAAGAUCGAGCAAUCAGAGCAAUUCCGCGAACCAAAAAAGACGAUUAUUUAAAGGAAGUCUGAAGCUUUCUAAACAAAGAUGGAUAAGCAUGAACCACGACACACCGACGAGGAAAAACAGAGUUCUAAAGUCUGAGAGAUCAAUGGAUGACGCGAAGGCGCUGCAAGGAAGCCGGCAAAGCGAUUCGCCUUGCAGCCAAAGUUCCGAAUCCCAAGAGAAGAACGAUAGAACAGAGCUUGAAUAUGGAAGGAGUUUGGAUAGCGCGCCCAAAGGUUAUCGAAAUUCUUUUAGUGAUGUUCUAUCAAGAAGAGGAAGUAUUUGUGAGGAGAUAGAAAAGGAGAUCGUCCAGGGUGGAAUUAGUUUGCACAAGAUGCGUAAGACACUAGUGAUUGAACAAACCCUUAAGGAUCGAUUUCUUAUGUGA